AUGGCAUUGUCCACCAAGUUCCUCUCGAGCAUCCAAGGCUUCCUCAAGUCUCGCAACGGCGAUGCGCUCCGUGAUUGGCUCAGGGUGGAACCGCCCGUACCUCAAGAAUACCACAACCUAUCGACCGAGCUGAAGAGCGCCUACCGAAGCACCAGUGCCAUCGAAAAGCUCGUCCAGUCGUGUCUGCCCGAGGAGGAUGAUCUACCAGAAGACCAAGGGACAUCAUGGCCCGGCUUCAUCGUCUUUAUGAAGGAUUAUCUCGAGUAUUGGAGAGACGUCGACUUCGACGACCUUCUUGGUGCCCACCAAUUGCUCAUGGCCCUGACGAAUUCGUGUACCACGGCCCUCAACAACCCGACUUUCGGCACGAUAAUGUUACAGACGAGCAUAUCAUUAUGUGCUUCUCUGUCGAAGCUCUCGAUGACACUUAACAAACGCCCCGAUCUCACUAAGAAACUGAAGACAAUCAGUACCAACGACGAGGAGCAGAGUUCGAUCGUUGGGACAACGGCCGAGGUGAUACAAAAGAUCUUCACGGCGUGUUUGACGGAUCGAUCAAGUCAGCGUUACGCGAAACCAGAAGGCAAGAAGAUUGGUGUAUACGUCUUUGCCAACCUGACUCUGAAGCUGUUGUUUGCUUGCCGCAAGACUCAUCUAGCCAAGCAACUGUUCACCAAUAUCAGCGCCAAAUCCCCUCCGCUGUCGUAUUACCCAGCGGCCCAGCGUGUCACAUAUCUUUACUACCUUGGACGCUUCCAUUUCAUCAACAAUCACUUCACAAGGGCUUCACAGUGUUUACAAGAGGCUUAUAUACAGACACCGCCGAGCUUUCAGAAGCAUCGCCAGCUCAUACUCACUUAUUUGAUACCUUGCAACAUACUUCUUGGACGCCUGCCCACGCAAGCCCUCUUGCAGCGACAAGAGGCCCAGACUCUGACGCCCGCCUUCAUGCAAUUCGCUCAAUCGAUCCGCGCUGGCGACUUCCUCCUUUUCCACCAAGCUCUCGAGAUGCAUGAGGAAUGGUUAUUUCGGAAAGGUCUACUGCUGACCUUUACUUACCGCCUGCGUCCAUUGCUCUGGCGGUCUCUUUCACGACGAACCUUCAUCAUUACGUAUGUCGCUCCAACGGAAGCCGAUUCUCGCAAGGCCGCGACGCUGGAACUGUCACAUCUGCUCGUGACCUCGUCCUACGUACAGAAGCGGCUUGAGGGGUACUUGCCUGCUAGGCCAGUCCCGAAAGGAAGACAGCCACAUAUCAAUAGCAUGUUCCUGAAAGCUGUCUCUAAUAGCGUCGGGCCUAGGACUGGAAGUUCAACUCUGGCCCCACCACCUGGUGGCCCUAAAUUGCUUCGACCUAACGAGGGUCUGAUUUGGGGUAACAUGCCGAUCACAGCAGAACACGUCGAAGAUAUGGUUGCCUCCCUGUGUGCGCAAGGACUCCUUCAUGGAUACAUGGCACACUCACAGGGGCGCUUCGCAAUUAUGGGCGCGAAACAGGCAGGAAGCGCGGUAACCGCGGGAUGGCCGAACGUCACUGAGGUGCUCGUCCAGGCAGAAGAUGUCAUACCUGGGUGGGUUCGAGAUUUAUAG